ACUGGUUCCUAACCAACAUGGCGGCUGAGGAAGGCGAAAGCAGAGAAGAAGAUGUGACGAAGGAUUCUAAAAGAGCUGAUGCCCCUCUUAAACUCAGGUAUAAACCUGCUUCUAGUAAAUUAAAUCUUCAUGUUCCUUCCGUUGAAAUUGUUUUCGUCGUUUUCAAAUUGUUUGUAUCAUGCACGUUUGACUUUCAAAGUACAACGAAACAGAACAUAGCUGAUCGAUCAGGAUCAGCUGGACCCAAGCAUACUGAUAUCAUAUCCAAUCUUGGUAUCCUUUUGGAAAAAAAGGAACUCUUCUAUCUUUUUGUAGUAAAUAUUGUGUACUAUAAGCUUAUAUAUCCACAUAUGUGGGCAUAUUUUCAGCCACAAACAGUUUAGAAGGCUUGUUAAAAAGGAAAGACGACGGCAAAAGAGACAGGCAGUAGCGAAGAAAAGAGAGCAGGAGGAAAUUGAAGGUGAAGAACUUAGUAUUAUUAGCAGGUCAGAUCAACUUAACGUAAGAAGAAAUUGAAAUUCCCUCUUUAUCCCUGUAGUGGAAGAAGUCCUUGACAAAGCAUUCAAUGCAAGAUUUCUUCAUUGAAUGUUUUUCAUUAAGUGCAUGUCCAGGCACUGCGCAAGUUCUCUUCUUUAAUGGUGGCUUAAUUAGUUUAGGAUAGUUAUUGCUUGCAAAAACUGGUAGACUAUUAGGCCUUGUUGGCCUUAAGUCUUAGCUUUCUGCCAUUGGGGAGAGGAUGGGGGUAGGAGCCCAGAGAGAAUAGAGGGCCAGAGGUGGGAGAGGAAAGAGUGGGAUGUGGGAGUUGUAAAAGGGUAUGAGGCAUGAGAUAUACAGGGAAUUAUAGAACAGUGCCUUAUAUUAAGGGCUAAAAGGAGGAAGCUAAGAAAACAGUGGCAGGAGCCAGGAAUGCAAUGUACAGGAGGUGGAAGUUUUGGGUCCCCUGUUCCUCCAUAUACCCCCCACUCCUUACCCACCCCCUGUCCUGUCACUUACCAUAUCUUUAUCAUAUCUUUUACAUUCAUUUAGUGAGCUUAUAGUGCAACUGAGAAAACCGUGAACACUUGAAAUAUCGCAGGAAUGUUUAUUGUGUUAUUACCAAUCACUGCAAAGAUCAGGACAUGCAAACUGGUCACAAAACCACAAACUAAUUAUUAACGUUCUUGCUUGCGGUUUAGUUUUCUCAUGCCUAACUGGCUUUUCUUUUACAAGACAAUAACAUUCCUGAAAUAUUUCAAGUGUUCAUGGUUUUCCCGGUGGCACUGUAAAAUUCACCUGCUUUCUUUGUUUUUGUUUUAUUCCUACAGAAAAGUGGAGAAUAGAGAAUGACCCCAUCUUGAAGUAAGUAGUUAAUUAUUUGGCCAGAUUGCUACGAGACCCUAGAUUUGAUCCUCUUAUCUUUUAUUGUUUGUUGUUACUUUUGUUGCAGUAGAUGUAAGUAAUAGGCAUGGUAAGGAUGUAAGUCAUGCAUGUGCGUUGCUCUAAGAAGGUCCCCUACAGUCACAGCUUUUCAAACUCUUGAUGGAACAGUUGAAGUUAUAGCUUAUCAACAGAAAAAAUGAUAACUAAUAAGCAGAUAGUCCACUCAUUAUUUUCCACAGAUGUUUUAUUCCUUGAAAAGGUUUCUAAAUUGAUGUAAAUUUUGUUGUAUGUCCAGCUUUUGCGGAAACAGCAGGUAUUGGUAAUGUAUGUACAGUUUGUGCAGUAUGAAUGAAAUUGCAUGAAAUAAGUAGUCCUGUCUUUGAGGCUUAAGAGUCAGAAGUUAAUUGUAUUUUUUGUAGAAGGCUUUUGCAAUCAAUGCACUUUGUUUUUACCAGGGCCAAAUUAGAAGUAAAGGAAAGAGCUGAAAAGAAAAGAUUACUGGAAGAGGAAGAAGAAAGGUGCAUAAAAAUGUUAAUAAAAAUUUGUGACAACACUGUACAUUAAUCAUCAGGAAUUUGAUUCAAGAUGGAAUGUGGUGAAACCUGUACAAAACCUGUACAAAAGCUGAAAUACAUUAUAAUUUUUAAAAAGCUUUGAAGUUAGACAUAGUUAAAAACUAAUUUGGGAAACCAAGAGAACUUACAGAACCUAUGGGAUCCCCUCCAAUGUACUAAAAAAAGAAAAUACAUACCUGAAUAUUAUGAUCAUACGUAAGAAUGUAGAAUCUGAGUCAAGCAGAACAUUCAUCGGGUCAAGCGUGCUGCUCACUUUCUUCUUUUGACUUUUCUGUAUCUCUUCCACUUUCCACAUCUCAUCACACCUCCUUGACUAAAAGCUAUACUUUUUCUACUGAGAUAGUUAGUGUAUGAAUAGACUUUAAAAUUGCUUUAUUUAAUGUUUUGUGGGUUCUGUGGGUUCCAUGAAUUAGAAAUGGCAGUUAAAAACAUUUUCCUCCUUCAUUAAAACUCUUAUUUAUUUUCUUGAAAUGGAUUUUCCAUGAUCCUAUCAAACAGUUUUCAUUACUGAAGUGCAUUUCAAGUUCAGCAAUAUUUUGGCAUAUAGGGUAAUCCUUUUAUUACUUCAGCACAUUUAAGUCAUCUGCAUUUUAAAGCAAACUGCUUGUUUGUUGAAUUUUUUUCUAGAAAAACUCAACAUCGUUUGUGGCUGGAGAGGGAAGCCAUUGCUCAAGAGAGAUUUAGAAAGAAAAGAGAAGAUGAGGAAAGAAAAUUAAAAGAAAAGUUGGAACAAGAGGUAAUGCAUGUACGAGUAAGAGGCAAGUGAGAGGCUGUUGAUCAGCGGGAGCGCAGGUGUAAUCUCGGUAAUGACAAAAUUGCCAAAGAUUGAGGUAAUGCCUUGAAAGACAGCAUGGGCAAUAAUUAUGAAUGCUGAUUUAAGGGCUUCAAGAGCUGAUAUUAAAUUUUUUGUUUGUUGCAGGAGAGAAUUAAAAGAGAAUGGGAAGAAGAACAGAGACGUGAAAAAGAAAAAGAAGAACAAAAACAAAAAGCCAUCAAAGAGAAAGAGGUGAUGUCAUUGUUGAUGGAGUUGAAUAUUCAUUGAAAAAAUCCUGUAUCCCAACUAAUUAAGUUACCUCUCAAGAUAAGAGUAACCAGUUUUUGUUACAUAAUAUUAAGAAACUUACUCGAAACUAAAACUUACAGAGGCAGCAGUGUUAAGACAUAAAAAGGAGCAAGGAUUCAGUCUUUUGUACAGUUGUAUAUUUUCCAGAUCUUGGUAUUAAAUGUUUAGCUAUUGAUGUAUAUACAGUUAUGUAUAUUUUCUUUCAUUGUCUUUGAAAUUUGUGUAGCACAUGCUCUUUAAUUGACAUAACUUGAAUUUUGUCUCUCUUGCUAUGUUUACAUGCUGUCAGAUCAUCUCAUUGUGAUAUAAAUGCCAUGCAAACCAAACACACUAAUUCUAGCUUAUUUUGUGAUGUAUACAAAACAGAUGUGUGUUAUCUUUAUUACUGACUGAAAAUACUUUAAAAUACUUUUGAUAUUUUUGAACAAUAUAUUAUUCUAAGUUAAUUAUUAUAAGGAACUUCUGAUGAUCCUUAACAAACAUGAAACAACAUCAGUGAACUUCAAACAACAGUCUGCGUCCUUGAAACAUGGGCUCCAUUGCAUCAGAGACAUUUCUGUAUCUUUUAUAAGAAAUAACCCCAUUUAGAUAAAGCUAGCGUACGUGUACCAUCUAAAUACUCCUUAGUAUGUACCAGUAACUUAAAGCAGUUAUGUCAUGCUAUUUGCUAUCUUUUUAAAUAGGUUAAACUUUAAGCGCAUCAAUUGAAUUCCCAAAAUAAUGCUCAAGGUUUCUUAUUCAAGACUGUAUUUAAGCAAGCUGUGUUCUGUUGUCUGUUACAAAGGAUGACAAGGAUGGAGAUCGAUUGAAACUUAAAAACAUUGGGCCAAUUUUUGAAAGUUUGAAUGUUAUGCCUGCAAAAAUACCAAAUAAUAAAUUAUUAUGGUUAGUGCUCCUUGUUGAAAUUUGUUUCAUAUUGUUUUCAUAUCUCUACAAGAACAUUAUGGGUAUGGAUAAAGGCACUUAGGGCCUGUUUACAUGGAGGCAGGGGACCCCAGAUAGGUGAGGUACAUCUGUAACCUGCAGCAGGUUACCCCACCUAUCAUGUAAAAUGUGAUCAAAUUAAAAUUGGAGAUUAUAUGGACAGGUGGGUUACCCCACCUAAGUGGGUUACCUCGCCUACCUGGGGUCUCCCACCUCCAUGUAAACAGACCCUAAGUAAUGAUGUUUCACAGAAUUGACGUAUAAAAUAGCAGUGUCCUCGUGAUGUUGCCCCUUUAUUUCUUGUUCUCUACGGCUGGAUGAUGAAUAGAAAGUUUGGGUUGUUUGUUUGUUUGUUUUUCCUUUUCAUAUGUUAGAGCUGAUUCUUGGUGACCCAAGGACAGUCAGUUGAGUUGGGAGGAAGAGCAAGAUGAAAGAAAAAGCCUUUGCUUGAAAACUUUCAGUGCACUGCAUCUCCCGACCAAGGCGACUGUCUCUAGGUCAUUGAGGAUGGUUAUGGCUUAAAACGGCCCUGCAAACCCCUGACAAUCUCUUUAUACAUUUUAUCAUGUCCAUUUUUAAGUGAACCUAGUAAAAGCAGCAAAGUUAACUAUGAUGAUUAUUGUUAUGUAAAUCUAAGUCGUUUGAAGAGAAACAAACAAAAAUUACAAUGUACUUAACUGUAAGUCAUUUAUAUUACGGUAUGUCAUUUUUAAUAAUACAUACAGAUAUGUAUUCCAUACAUUGUAUGCUACCUAGAAGUUUGAUCACUGGUUAUCUUUCUAUUAUUUGUGGCCAGUUGGAAUUAGAGAAAAGAAAACAUCAGAAUGCUACAUCAAGGUCAAGAUUAUUUCAAGCUAGUUAAAGCUCAGUUUAGAUGAUAGCAAAAUUUCUCUCUAUGAUUUUUAAAAUCUUAACGUUACCUCAAGCCAUGUAUGGACUGUUCAUUUCAAUAGGAACGCUUAUUCAGGGAAUUGGACAAACCAUCAACUUCUGAGGUACUGUACCUGUCUGCAACUCAGAUGAUAACAUUAACCUUUUAAGCCCCAGUAUCUGCAUACAAAUUCUUCCAACUGGUCUCUAUACAUUUCCUUACAGAAUAAGUUGGGAGAAUUUGAUAAAAGAUCAGAGCAUUUUUCCUUUGGUGAUACUUUUAUAGUUUUAUUAAUUCUCAUACUGUUAGGAGGAAAUUGAUGUUUGUCACUCUUGAAACUCAAAGGGUCAAUUUUUGGUCAUUGAUAAUAAGAACUUACUAUGUAGUGAAAUAGCCAGGGUUCAGUACUGUUGUUCAAAGGCCGAUUAGUGCUUAAACCGGGGUUAAAUUCAACCCUGGUUUCUUUUUCUUAUGUUCAAAAGCAUUUUCUCUGAUAAUUUUCACUGUAAUUUUUAGACCUUCCAAUCAUCAACUUGUAGACAAAAAGAAUUAAAACGGAAAUGCUUUUUAAGCUUUCAAAUCUGAAUUCAAAUCUCACACUAACCCUGGGUUAUCGUAACCCAGCUUUGAACAACUCAGCCCUGUUGUACAAUUUAAGUCUCAAAGCAAGUGUGAAUUGACCCAGUGAAAUAAUAGUAAUGAUAAAGAUGUUAUUAUGAAAAUGUGGCAUUCAUACAGGUUAAAAUCCUGAAUAGUUUGUUUGUCAUCACCAUCACAACAAUACGUUGUAACCAUAAUAUAUAUUUAUUGACAUCUUAUCACCAUCUAUUCAUCAUUUUCAUCAAUAUUACACCCUCACUGUCACCACCAUAGCUCCCAUCAUACACAUCGUUGUCAUUUUUGACUAGUGAACUCUACACUUAGUAAGUAGUAGCUUGCAUUGCAAACGUUUUCUUCUGCUCGCAUAAUCACCAUUUUAAAUUCCAAAAAUCAAAUGUUGGGCCACAAAAAUAUGAACUUAAAUAUUAAGCAGUUUUUGCCUGCCCCCAAAAACACACUUACAUUGCAGGCUAUAUGUUUAAAUAUAAAAAAUUUAUUACUUGGAAGAAUCAAAGGAGAUCAGAUCAAUAUUAUUAUUAAUACUGAAAAUAUCUUAUUUUCAGCAUAGUGAAGAAGCCUGGCAUAAUCCUCUAGCCCCCGCAACUAGCAAAAAAUCUUAUGGCACAGAGCAGGUAAAUACAUACAGCUUCCCAAAGUAAAACCAUUCAAAGCACCUUUCACAAUCAACUACUUACUUUUCCCCUUUGUCUGUGAAAGAGGGAGUUUGACCUUCAUUAAGACCCUCUAUAGUUUUCAUAAUUUUGUUAGACCUGAUAAGUAACUGUGUCAACCCAUUGUUAACAAAAUGAUUUUAUCUUUUUUCGGAUUACAGAUCUACAGGUGUAUCGAUCAAAAACUGUAAAAUAAGCGAAUAUUAAUUUGUGUUAAUUAUGACUACAGUUAAUCAUUUUGCCUUUUUUCUAUGCAGGACACAGUGAAUUGUUCAUUUUACUUGAAAACAGGAGCCUGUAGGUUUGGAGAAAGGUGACCAACAUUUUGACUUCCUCAUCUUAAGGAAUCACUUACACAUACCAAAAUUUAUGUCUUUAAACUUCAAGUCCUCAUUAAAUAAAUGAAACAUUGUAUACUUUGAAACAGCUUGAAGCAAAAAUUGUACCCAGUGCCAAGUGAUCACAGGGCUGUCACUAAGAUCUCAACCACAACAAGGCAUGUAAUCAAACAACUAGGCAUUUCCUUUGCUUCUUUCUUGUAUUAUUCUUUGGAAGUAGCUAGAGGUCAUGUUCCUCGUAGGCAGGAGAAUCUGCACCCCCCGCCCCUGUCCCUUAACGAAAGCCCUAUAAUCAACAUCCCGUGCAACUAAUAUUUGCCUACAAUAGGUGUUCAAGACAGCAUCCACGCCCCCCAUCAAGUGUGACAUUAAUGAUUCCUGGCAUGUAUAAUGACAUUCGACUGUCUCAGUCCAUGUUAGAUGAGGCAGAUCAGGACACUAGCCUUGAGGUAUGUAUUGCCACCGAUUAUAUACUGACUCAAUGGCUUCUGAUGUGCCCUGUUCUUAAAAUUUGGAUGUUAUGGCUAUGAAGAAACACCUACAAAACAAAAUUCAACUCUUCAAACUCUACUAAGAGUAAUAAUUAAUAUGUUACUGGUUAAAAUUAAAUUCAUGUUAAAAAUUUUCAACCUAGUUUGAUUCUCUAUUUCCUUUGUCUGUCAGCCCAAAUUAUUUAUGAAUUAGGGCCAGGAGACAAAGGAAAUUGAGAACCUACUUAGUUAAAAAAAUUUUAACCUGAAUUUAAUUUUGACCUGUAACAAAUACACUAAGAUUAUAUAAGGAGAUGUGGAUCCAUGGCUGUUAAUUAAGAACUGGACUCUGUUGGCUUCGACGGACAUGACUUUUUUUUUUUUUGACUGCUAAAAUUUGUCAAUAUUAGUACUAAAUUUUUGUAACAUACAUGUAGUAAUUUCUUCUUUUUCUUUUUCUUUGUUAAGUAUGAUGACAAAGAAGCCUAUGAAAAUUUCAAGCAGUUUUAUGAAGAUACUCUGCCAGAAUUCAAGAAGGCUGGAACUGUUGUGCAGUUCAAGGUAAAGAAUUGUUUUAAAUAAAUGAAAAAAUAAUUUGAAGGGAACAGACUGCAAAUUGUUUUUACUGUAAAAUUAAUGAUUAAUGAUUAUCUGUGUGUCAUAACUGAUCAUCAGUAGCCUAGGUUGUCUAAACUUUGUGUGAUAAUUUUAUUCCAUAAUUGAGUUCAGCUCCACUAAAUACAGCCAACUCCCAGUAGAGCGUUUUCACUCACAUGGCCAGCAUCUAUGCAAAUUUAUUGGAACAAAAGAAAGCGUUUGCAUGAGAAACGAGUUCAACUCCCACAGGAUUGGUUUGGACACCAACAUGGCUGCGGUUUCAUUGUUUUGGGACACCAAUAUGGCCGCCGUGAUGUCAUGUGAAAACACUCUAUAACUCAAACCUUCAAGGGAAAUCAAAAAUGUUCGAGUUAUCGAAAGCUCAAAGAAAAUAGUCGGUAGUAAGGAAAAAACAGUUUUUACUGUACAAGGAAUAUUUUAAUCACAUUUGAUAUUUAUCGUAAAAACAGUUAAAUGAAAAUUGAAAGAUACUUCUACAUUAUAAAUCAGAACGUAAUGUAACAAAACAGCCUAAAAUAAAUUAAUAGAGCAUGCAUUUUACUGUUUUAAGAAGUCGAGCUGUUUCAUGUUAGAUUAAUAAUUGGUCAUUAAAUUUUCUUAUUGGUUAUUUCAGGUUUGUUGCAAUCAUGAGCCACACUUAAGAGGGAAUGUUUACGUGCAGUUUAGGAGGUAAAUGCCACCGAGUGUUUUCAGAUUCAUAUGGUCAAAGAAAAAACCUGGAAAGUUGUGCAUCUUGAGAUUGUCAUUUUACAGGCAUGAACAGUCAUUGAAUUUAAGUGAGGGCCCUGGAAAGUUCAUGUGAAGAUUUCAAACUUGUCAUUUGUAUUUGUUUGAUAGUGAAGAGGAGUGCGCUAAAGCCUUUGCAAUGUUUAAUGCUCGCUGGUAUGCAUCAAAGCAGCUAUCCUGUGAAUACUCUCCAGUAACAAAGUGGAAGUCAGCAAUUUGUGGUAUGUCUGGCUCUCUCUGAUGCAUGAAUUUCCCAUCCAGUUGUUAAAAUAAUAGUAAGCAGUACUCACCUGGUGUGUACUCAUUUCCAUAACUCAGAUCUGUUAAUUAAUGAUUUCUCCUUUACUGCCACAUUUUCUUGCCUGAUUGAUUGUUUAUUUUUUAAAAGCUGAGGUGUCAAGAUUCAAUCCUUAGCCAUUGAUUUCUUUCCUUUUCUUCCAUUCCUUCACCAUUCAUUCACUUGACCUUAUAUUCAAAUGUUCCUCAUAAUAAGUAGCCAUAUAUAGUGGCCAGAAAAUUUGGUCACAAGAAGGCUAAAAUUGUCUUUUAAGAAUGGCUUUGUCUUGUGUUUUAUUCCUUCUCUAGAAAAGAGAAGUGUGACUUCACAAAAAUUCACAGUUGUGAAAUUAUAGGAUAGGUUGGCAUAUCCAGAAAGAACAAGCUGAAAUAUGUUCACUUGCCAAAAAUGAGCCUGUUAGUGCAAAUUGGCAGGGAGAUAAAAGUGCCAUCUGUUAUGCUCUGAUGACUCCAUACAAAUCCUUCCAACGCAUUACGAUCCAGGCUUAUUUUUUGUUCUUCCUGGAUAUAGCAGUCUAUCCCAUAAUUUCACCAAUUUAGUUUUUGUAACGGCAUCACUUACCCUGGGUGCCAGAGUCUUUUCAUGCGCAGUUUGUGGUUGCGGCUUUGCCACUUGUGACUUCAGCCUUUCACCAAAGAUCUGUCAAACCAUUCAGCUGCAUGCGAGAGAAAAAACACCUGAGGCACCCACGGGAGGCAUCACUUUUCUUUUCUAUUCUUAUCACUUUUUUAAUGUUUUUUUGCAGGUCUCUUUGACAGAAACCGAUGCCCUCGAGGCAAGAACUGUAACUUCCUGCAUGUGUAUCACAAUCCAGGCAAUGAAUUCAGCCACAGAGAUGAACUCUCUCCAGGUCGUACUCCUCGCAAUGGCUGGGGAUCUGAACGAUCUGAGAGAGACUGGAGACGAGAUCAGAGAGGCAGACACAGAGAUAUGAGCCGAGACAGAUCACGCGAGAGAGACUGGGAUCAGGACAGGCAUAGGAGGCAUCGUAAAAGGGACUGGAGCCGUGAGAGAGAUGAUGGGCGUGGUAGGCAUCGCAGGAACAGUAAGGAUAGAGAACGCAGUAGAACAUCGGAACGGCAUGAAAAGAGGAGUAGAAGGAAACACAGCAGUGAUGAGAGUGAUCCAGAUGAUAGACAGAUAUCAGACAGGUAAGUAUUACAUGUGUACAUAAUGUAGCUUGUAGGAGCUAUCAUCAAGCAUCAUUGGGGCCAUCCAAGGGGUAGAAGUGACAGGCGACACAGCUCCAAAAACUGGCGGCAAUCCUCUCCGAAAGCACCAACAAUCAACGGAAAGGGGGGAGAGAAUUGUAACAGCGACAACCCCAUUUUUUUAAGUAGUGAAAGCAACAUCUGUUCACUUUUGCAUUUUGGCUGUUUCAGUAGAGAAAACUCCCUUCUGUUAUUUCCAAACAUUUUCUGUUAUUUUGUUUGAAAUGUUUUCUUAUUGUUUAAGAAGGGUCCCUCGAGAAAGAAAGGUUAAUAAUUCUUUCCAGGCACUAUAUCUGCCGCAAAUUCCAGAUUGAGUAGACAAAAAUUUAUGCUCAAUUGGCAGCAACAUUUUCUCCUAACCUACCUGGCGACUGGUGGUCUCAGAAAUGACUGAGGAAGUGACAGCACAGCCCCCUUGAAAGGCCUCAUAGAUGGGGAAUGAAUGAAUGAAUGAAUGAUUUAUUUAAUGUCGAAGACGUGGGAAGUGUUUGCACAAUCUUCCGAGCCAGGGGCCUAUGUUAAAAAUGCUCGAUAAACUAAAAAAUGCAAAUCAAGAUAAAAUGUGAAUUAUGCAUAUACAAAUAUUAAGAAAAACCUAAGAACAUCGUAAUUUUGGGAAAAUUUUUUAAGAAACUAUUUUCUGGAAAAAAAAAAACCUAAAAAAAAACUAAGAACAUGCAUUAAAAAUAGUUUAAAAUGGACUUAUCAUUAAAAACUGAUUAAAAUAUUAAAAAAUAUGAUUAUAUAUGAUUAUAUAUAUACAAAAAUAAUAGCCCAAGAGUAAGUAAAAAUGUAAAAAUAGAUAAAGUUAUAUACAGUUCAUACACUGGCACCCUGUGAAAUUGACAUUAUUCAGGUGAGCACGAAAUUGUGCUAAAGUGCUCGAGGAUUUGGUGGCAGUUGGUAAUUGAUUCCAUAUGUGGGCAAUGUGGAUGUAUAAAAACGAGUUGUGCAUGACAAGGCUGUUAUAUGGAGGCUGCACAACAUUUAAGCCACUGUCUUGUAGAUUGUAUUUUGCUAGCCGGGGUGUAAAAAAUUGGGAAAUAUAAUUUGGGCCAUCUAUUUCAAAACAUUUAAAAAAUAGAAUAUGCGAUUGCAGGGUACGUUUUUGCUCAAGCUCGUCCAUAUCAGCCAUUGCUAGGCAAAAGUCAUAGGUAGCAGAAUUACCUAAAUUCAGUAAUGUCUUGAUCGCAUAAUGAUUGGUACGUUCGAUGUUAUUUUUCAAGACUUUAGAUAUGCCCAGAAGUAGUGGGCAACAUUGUUGGAGUGAACAUAUCAGAGUUUGCCCUUUCGAAGGUAGUGGAUGAAUGCAGGGCCAUUCUCUAGCAGUGCACUGUUGCCCCGACAACUUACUUUUACUCUUGGGCAAUAAGGAAAUCUUAGUCUUUUUAUAGAAGUCCUAAUAUUACUGAACACCCUGGGUUUCACAGAUUCAAAGCACUGAACUCCCUUCAACUUUCCUUGGAGUACAGCCUUGGAAUGGUGCUGUUGUGGAGAUAGGUCCAGAGUUCAAUCCACACCCUGACUACUCGUUGGAGUUUUUUUUUGAAGCCUUCCAAGUUCAACUUUCCUAUUUUCUUUUUGAUAAAAGCACUGGCUGGUCCUCUGUCAGUUGCAAUUCUUGGGUUGUUUUAUAUCAUUAUUUAUCAAAUAUUUCAAUGUUGGUACUAAACAACCUCCAUCCCAGGUUUUCCGGAUCAUAUUAUACGUUUCUGGGAAACUGUCCUCCUACCCCUCCCUUAAGCUAACAUUAACACAUACUUCUCCCUUUGGGCAAAAUGUUGGCUUAGGGGAGGGGUAGGUGGUUUGUUCUCCCAUUCAUUCCCCAGAGUGAGAGGGGACAACUUAGAGAGAAAUUGGGUACUGAGAGACUUAUUUACAAAGAAUGAAUAUCUCUCCCUCCAGACUCUCUCCAAGCAUUGAAGGAAAUGACAACACAUCAAACCAUAACAAAGAUAACAGACAUCCUUCUGAAUCAAAAGGGAUACCGGACAACAGAAAACAUAAGCGUCAUUCAUCGGACAAGCACAGCCAUCACCGAAAGUCUAAGAAAAAACACAAGCACCGCAGUGGACACAAGAAAAAGAAACAUCGCAAGAGGAGUGAAAGUGAUAGUAGUAGUUCAGAGAGUGAUGAUGAUGAUGUUGAUAGACAUUAGUAUUGGCCCUUCACCUGCAGAAGCACUUCGAAGUCUCACUACAGCAGAUAUUCUGAGGACAUGCUCCAAUGUUUGUUCGCUUUUUAGAGACAAUUAAUAAACGAAAUUCAAACACCAGUGUUAACUAUAGAGGUUUCUCUGUUGCAGACAUUGUUAUUUGUGUGAUUUGGUUAACAUGGACUAGUCAGUCGCACAAUCCUCUUCAAGUUAGCAAGCAUGGUGACAGAAAUGUAGAAUGAGAGAAUUUACAGUGUGGCCCAAAAACAACAAUCCC